AAUGUCGCUAUUCCUAUUCGUAUUCUGCUUUUUUUUUGCUUUGAAAAAUUGGAAACUUCGCGGGUAAAAUACUAUAAAUCGCAAGACACAGUCUUGAAAACUAUACUCAUUUCUUGCGAUUUCGAGUGGUGGACUGCGAACUGCUGAGGACGAAGUCGAAGAACACGCGAGAGCGGUAACAUUCAAAAAUGGCGGUGGCUGGUUUGUACAGGCGUCUUCUUCCCUCUCCUCCUGCUAUCGAAUUCGCUUCAUCUGAAGGAAAGCAACUCUUCGUUGAAGCCCUUCAAGGUGGACACAUGGAAGGAUUCUACAAGUUAAUUUCAUACUUUCAAACACAAUCAGAACCUGCAUAUUGUGGACUAGCCAGCCUCUCCAUGGUAUUGAAUGCCCUUGCCAUUGAUCCUGGAAGAAAAUGGAAAGGACCUUGGAGAUGGUUUGAUGAAUCUAUGCUAGACUGUUGUGAGCCCUUAGAAAAGAUUAAAUCUGAAGGCAUCACAUUUGGGAAGGUAGCAUGUUUGGCCCAAUGUGCUGGUGCUAAAGUUGAAGCUUUUCGCACAAACCAGACCACCAUCAAUGAUUUUCGUAAAUAUGUAAUGUCAUGUACCUCUUCUGAAGAUUGUCAUGUGAUUACUUCAUACCAUCGAGGACCUUUCAAACAGACAGGAACUGGUCAUUUUUCACCUAUUGGUGGUUAUCAUGCUGGAACGGACAUGGCGCUGAUUUUGGAUGUGGCACGCUUUAAGUAUCCUCCUCACUGGGUUCCACUUAUACUUCUUUGGGAAGCCAUGGAUAUUGUUGAUGAAGCAACAGGACAGCGUAGAGGGUACGAGUUUGUUGGUUUUUUUCAAGGUGGACCUCAAGUCUUCUACUCACAUAGCUGUAAACACGUUAGUUGGACUAGAAUGUCGAAUUACCUAAUUGAUGAUGUACCAGUCCUGAUGAAGUCGGAAGAUAUAAAAGAUGUUCAGAAGCUUCUUUCUGUUAUAUUCACAUCACUUCCUGCCAAUUUUGGAGAGUUCAUCAAGUGGGUUGCAGAGGUUCGGAGACGAGAGGAAGGGGGUUCGGGUUUAAGCAAAGAGGAGAAAGAAAGGCUUGCUGUAAAGGAAGAAAUACUGAACGCAGUACAUGAAACUGGACUCUUCAAACAUGUGACAGAAUGGCUUUCUGCAAACUUGUGUUGUCAAAGCCUGCAACCUUUAAUAAAAAAGGACACGUUGCCUGAAAUUGCGGCAAAUGUUUGUUGCCAAGGGGCGGAGCUUUUGACAGGGAAGUCUGGGUCAGACAGAUUCUGCUGUCGGGCCACAUGUGUGCAAUGCUUGAAGGCUGAGGGUGACCCACCUGUCACGGUGGUCUGUGGUACAGUGGUCACAGGUAGUGGAGAACAAAGUGUGGAUGUGCUGGUUCCUUCAUCACCAAAAAAGCAGAGGAUUUGCUGUGGUUCUAAUCCUGGCAGUCACUUUCCAGAAAACAGUGAUCUUCUAACAGUAUUAUUACUGGCCUUGCCUCCACAGACAUGGUCUAAUAUCAAAGAAGAGAAGUUGUUGGAGGAAACCAAUGGUCUUGUUUCGACAGACAAUCUCCCCAUUUUGCUGCAAGAAGAGGUGCUGCAUCUGAGAAGACAAUUCUAUUUCCUCAAAAGAUGUCAAGAUAAAAGGGUUGAUGAAGAUCUUGGUACACUCUAACAAUAUCCUUUCUUUUUUUUUGCUUCACACCCCGCCAUUCUCUCUUUCCUUAUCAUAUCUGUCAUCAAAGAGCGUGACAAAUGUGUAAUAAUUUAAGGUAUUUUUGCUAGAAGCAGUGCCAGUGUUUCUCCAAAUUGUAGCACGCUAUUAAGGUGGGUAAGAUAUCAUCCUCAAGCAUAUCGAACAAAUGAUAAAAGAUCAGGUUUACCGUGUCGUGAGAAGUGAAUCAUAAAUAUAGAUUUCUUUAAUUACUACUGGCAUUCGUAUUUCCAGAGUCUCAAACCUAAAUUUUUGUAAAAUGUAGUGACAUUUGUGGCUUCUCUGUUUCCUUACUCUUGCCCAAAGUUGAUUUGUUGAGUGUGACAUAGGUUGCAAUAGUUUUGGGCUAUAACUUAAUACAAUUUGAGGAUUACAUUUGGACGA